GGGCUCUGAUAGCGGAAGUGUAAGAGGUCAAUACUCCACAGUGCUUGGACAACUACAGUAUUUUAAGAUGAGGAUUUAGAAUAGUUAGAUGAAAUUAGGCAGUGAAUAACAUUUGGCCGACGCUCAGAUUGGUGACGAUCAUGCGCGAUGUCUUUACGUAGUUGUUAUUUGAGGGUUACAGGGAUGGAUGGAUGGAUUGCUGUAAAUGUGGGUGUGAUUUUGAGGCUGGUCAAACUUUCGAAAGUGUAUGCUUAUAGAUAUAUAAGCUGGAUAUCAUUUGGGCAAAAAAACGUACAUCAAGGACCAAAAAAAGAGGAUUUUCUGUCAUACAAGGCUGACCAUAACCUAAUUUGUUUGUGUGUAUUUUUUUGUUUUUGCUUUUUAGUUUCUUUUUGAGUUUUUUCUUUUUUGUUCCUUUGCAAAGAAAUGCUUUACUUGAAAAAGUACUUCACAGAGGGUCUUAUUCAGUUCACUAUCCUCCUGAGUCUAAUUGGGGUACGGGUGGACUUGGACUCUUAUUUUAACAAUCAGCUCCCCCCACUCCGUGAGAUCAUCCUGGGCCCCAGCUCGGCCUACACCCAGACGCAGUUCCACAAUCUCCGUAACACCCUGGACGGCUAUGGCAUCCAUCCUAAAAGUGUGGACCUGGACCAUUUUUUUGCAACUCGUCGGCUGCUGAACCAGGUGCGCUCCCUGGAUCAUCUGCGUGUGCCCAGCACCGAGCUGAGUGCCUGGCUGGUGCAUCGUGAUCCUGAGACUGUGGUUUCAGCAACCAGUCAGUCAGGCCCCAGCAUUGCCCUGGACAAUGGGGGCAGCCUGGAGGACGUGAACAACUCCGAAGCCUCGGCCAUGAGAGGGGCUGGCAGUGCUUCUGAGACCACUUACAGCCUCAGCGGAGAGGACAGCCUGGGAGCCGUGGCCCCCGAGGACAGUCAGGAGCAAGGGGAGAGAGAGAGCAGUGACGACCUCUCUAAAGAGGACAUUGACCUCAUAGACAUCCUUUGGAAGCAGGAUAUUGACCUUGGUGCUGGCCGAGAAGUAUUUAACUAUAGCAAUCGGCAGAAGGAGAGUGAGGCUGAUAAACCUAAUGAAGAGAACGAGGAGACAGGUGGAAGAGAGGAAAGCUGGAGAAAUGGACUUAAUCUCCAAGCAGUGCAGAGCCAAGCUCAUGUUGAUGGAGAGACAGGAGAGAGCAUACCUGAAGAGCUUACCAGUCUCGGUGCUCAGACUUCAUUAUCCCUGCAGGAAUGUCUGAGGCUUCUGGAGGCCACCUUUCCAUUUGGAGAAGAGCCAGAGUUCCAGGCCACAGGAUCCACCUCCCAGCUUAGACCUUCAACUGAGGAAGCUCCUUCAACGUCACAAGGGAUCACCCUACAAAGCCCUCUGCCGCAGUCUGAUACACCACUAGACCUGGAGCAGCAGUGGCAGGACAUAAUGUCCAUUAUGGAACUGCAGGACAUGGAGGUAAACAAUACUGCAGUAAAUGUCAGCAUGAAUAAUGACCCCAAUAACAACAAUGCCAGCACCACAGAAUCAGUCACAAUAGGAAGUUUUGGACUCCCACGGUCCACUCUCAUUAACCAGGACGUUAGUCUCCACCAGGCUUCGCUGCCCAGCUGCAGCCAGGACUUUCCUACACUCUUCAACCCUGAGUUGGAUUCCACUGGUGGACAGCGGCCUACCUUAGUCAGGGUCUCUUCCAGCAACUCCUCCAACAUCAAUUCAACAUUUGGAGCUACUAAUUUGACCGGACUCUUUCUUCCACCACCUCUAAAUAGUACAACCAACCUAACCACCACUCCGGUACUGCCAGAUCCGUUUUCCAGCCUGCUGGAGGAGUCUAUGCUGGAUGAAAUUAGCCUGCUAGACCUUGCGAUGGAAGAGGGCUUCAGCCAAGCCCAGGCUUCUCAGCUCGAGGAUGAGCUUGAUUCAGACUCGGGUCUUUCACUGGACUCCAGCCAUAGCCCGGCCUCUCCUAGCAACUCGGAGACAUCCUGCUCGUCAGCCGCGUCAUCUUCAUCCACCUCUGCUACAUUCUCAGAGGAAGGAGCUGUGGGCUACAGCACCGAUUCGGAGGCAGCUGCAGCAGAAACAGAGGAAGGAGCCGUCGGAGGCUACCAACCGGAGUAUAGCAAACUAUGCCGCAUGAGCUACCAAGAUGCAUCUAAGUUCCAUGGCAUACCGCAGUUGGAAAGUGUCAAUCACAACCACACCUACAAUCUACCACUGGUAUCAUCCUACUCUGAGCGCUCUCAGCUGUCGGCAUCCUGCAGCAAGAAAGGCAGAGACAAGCAAAUGCAGCAGACAAAGCUCCAGCCACCACAAGACUAUGCUGACAGGCAGUCGAGCCGUGAUGAACGUAGGGCAAGGGCCAUGGACAUCCCAUUCUCCAAUGAAAAGAUCAUCAACCUCCCCGUUGAGGAGUUCAACGAGCUUCUGGCCAAGCACCAUCUCAAUGAGGACCAGCUCGCUCUCAUUCGCGACAUCCGCCGUCGCGGAAAGAACAAAAUGGCAGCGCAGAACUGCCGCAAACGCAAGCUAGACACCAUCCUUAACCUCGAGCAGGGUGUGCAAGACCUGCAACGCGAAAAGGCUCAGCUGCUGAAGGAGAAGAUGGAGUACGAUAAGUGCAUCAGACAGACGAAGCAGAAGGUUCAGAGCCUAUCUCGGGAACUGUUUGCACAGCUGCGGGACGAGGAAGGCAGGCCCUACUCAGCCAGCGAGUACUGUCUGCAGUACGGCCCAGACGGCGUUCUCCUUAUGCCUCGUAACAUGACCACAGAACAAAGCAACAAGCCUGACAAGAAGCAGAAGGACAAAAAGAAGUGAGGAGCUCAAACUGCUGCCCUUUUAUUUUUCGCAAAGGCACUACCAUACAAAGUAUUUCGGAAGGCAAAGGAAGCCUUUUUCUUUGAAACGAUUGUAGGGAGGUGAAGAAAAUUGCAUCAUUGAUUACUCUUCCUGCAUUGGGUUUUCUUUGUUCCUUUUCGGUUCAGAAGUUUUCUCUUGAAAGCGGCAUUGAAGCAGACAUGCUUUUUGUGGUACUGAUUUCUCAUUGAUUUACUUAAAAGAUAUGAGCAAAGGGAUACUUUCAGAUGCCAACUGAAGGAACUGUCAAGGAACGUGAGGUCAUGGAGGACACCGACAAGAUGUUCUUAAUUGAAAGAACUAUUCGGUAAUGCUCCCAAAAAUGUAGUCGAUGACAAAAAUACACCAUAUUAAGAUGAUGUUGACUGUAAGGAUGCAAAAAUUGUUACAUUUUCAGCAUUAGCCCAUGCUGUAUUUGUGCGUACCCUGGGAUUUCAUUGGUCAUGGUGGGUGAGGAAGAACCCCUUGAUGCUGUGAGAUGGUUGAAAAAGAGGAUUCUGAAUGCUAGAAGUGAAGCCAAAAGAAACUCCAGGCAUGCCAAUACUAACCAAAGGUUGUGUUGCGCAGUUCUCUUGAUUUCAUAAUGAAUCAUACAGGUCACUCCGUGGAUCUAAAUUCCCGUUUUCACUUGAAAAAAGAACAAAAUAAGUCCGUUUGUCUUAAUGGACAACAAAGUCACCUGAAAUUUAUCUGGAGGGUGAAUGCCAUUUGCCAAGGAACUUGGACAGCGAAACAAAUAGUGCUAAAGAGUGAGUAUGAAUUUAGCUUUGGCUUUAGGAAAAGCAUUGGAGGUACUGAUAGAGGAUGGAUACACACUGCAUUACUAAUAAAUCCGCUUCUGUACCCUUUUCAGCACUGUAAAUCAACACUGUAGUUUGCCUAUAAGCUUUUCCUCUUCUGCUGGGGAAAGGGUCUCUCAGGCCCUCCUAUCAGCUUUUAAUGUUACUCUCUCCCAUGUGCAUAAACUUUUUAAUAAGC